AUGUUUGGUUUGGCCAUUUUAUCAGUUUAUAUCUUCCUCCUCCCUUUUCCCCUUUCUGCGACUGUGUCGACACCCCCAGUUGCUUGCAAUUGGCCUUUCUUUUCACCCAGCCCCGAGCAAACCACUUGUGAUUACGUUCAUUUCGCCUCACGUCUCAUCGACUUCUGGUUUGUCGAUUUCACCACCGAUUAA